CAGCAAAGAGACAGUUUUUUUUUUUUUUUUUUUUUUUAAUAAUCUCAUCACAUAAAAUGGCAACCAGGAGUGACCACGGAGGAUCAAAAGACGCAUUUGGGCGCACGCCGCGGCCGUGGAGGAAUUAACCACCUGAUGGGCUCCGGAGAAACCGAGGAGAGACUGUUUUGGUUGUAGCUUGUUGACUUGGUGAUUUAUAAUGCUGAACAAAUAAAGGGCGCUGCAAGUUUGACACAGAGCGCCUGCGUAACAGGCUAUGCCACCGGCCCUCACAUUUUUUGGUUAUGGUAAUGAUGUCAUAAAAUAUUGGAGGCCUGUGCCUAAAACGGGAAGACAGGCUGAUCAAUAUCUCCUGUCAUGUAAGAAGCCACAUGGACUGCUCUCAACAUGGACCUGAUUGAGGUGUGUUUGUUAUUCUGACAUUCUCAUAUUCACAACUGAUUGGUUGAUGCCUCAUUUUCUCUCUGUGCGCGCGCCGAGCUGCAACUUUUAUCCUCUGGCCUGCAUCCACGUCGCCCCGAGGCGGUUACUGUAGCGCUCACUGACCGAGCCGCUCAUUGACUUAAAAUGGAGUUUGCCAUGGUGGGUGCGGACGGCGGGUGCAAUAGUCACCUGCCUUAUGGAUAUGCCCAAGCUCGCGCACGGGAGAGGGAGCGCGAGAGGGAGCGCCAGGCUGCCCAGUCGAGAGCGGCGGCUGCUGCGGCCGCUGCCGAAGGUGGCACCGGAGCGGAGGGUGGUGGUGGUGGUGGUGGUGGUAGUGGUGGUGGUGGCGGCGUGGGGGGGUCCACCUCCACCUCCACCUCCUCCUCGAGCGCUCAUCUCCUUAACAACCGCCAGCAUCAGUCUCGCGCCGCCUCCUCCUCCGCGAACAUCAGCAGCGGCGGUACCGCCUCGCGCCCCUCCUCCUCCUCCACCUCCUCCUCCUCCUCGCAGCCGCCACAGCACCAGCAGGAGCCCGAGCAGCAGCAGCAGCAGCAGCAGCAGCAGCAACAACAGAGAGUUCUCAGAGAGCGGAAAAAGCAGCGCGGCGUCGGACGGUGGAGACGCAGCCGGACCACUCUCGGCGGGGACCUGCGCCACUCGGAGCUGGCGCUGCUCGGAUCAGAGGAGGACAUCAUGAUAGAGGAAGAGGCCGAGGGAGCCGAGGAAGAGGAGGAGGAGGAGGAGGAGGGGGGUGACCGGGGAAGCAAGAGGUCGAGUUUUCUGUGUAACAUGGAUGAUGAGGAGGAGACCGUGUCGCUCACUGACAGGCGCCCUCAGUCCGGGUAUGAAAAUGUUUACAGCGAGUGUGGCUGCUGCGAGAGAGUGGUCAUCAACGUGUCGGGGCUCAAGUUUGAAACUCAGCUCAAGACUCUCACUCAGUUCCCGGACACUCUCCUGGGAGACCCCGACAAGCGAAUCAGGUACUUCGACCCGCUGAGGAACGAAUACUUCUUCGACCGGAACCGACCGAGUUUUGACGCCAUUCUUUACUAUUACCAGUCGGGGGGCCGGUUGAAAAGGCCAGUCAACGUCCCGUUUGACAUCUUCUCCGAGGAGGUGAAGUUUUACGAACUCGGGGAGGAGGCAAUCCUCAAGUUUCGGGAGGAUGAGGGUUUUGUGAAAGAGGAGGAGAAACCUCUGCCGGAGGACGAGUUCAAGCGCCAAAUUUGGCUGCUUUUUGAGUACCCGGAGAGCUCGAGCCCUGCCAGGGGGAUCGCAGUGGUGUCCGUCCUGGUUAUAGUUAUUUCUAUUGUCAUUUUCUGCCUGGAGACGCUGCCGGAGUUCAGGGAUGAAAAAGAGUAUCUACAGCCACGACACAACUCCACUCAGCCUGACCACGGAUUUACUCCUUUCAACGACCCGUUUUUCAUCGUGGAAACCGUUUGCAUCAUCUGGUUCUCCUUUGAGAUUAUAGUCCGCUUCUUUGCGAGUCCGAGCAAACCGGCUUUCUUUAAAAACAUUAUGAACUCAAUAGACAUUGUAUCCAUUUUGCCUUAUUUCAUAACUCUCGGCACGGACCUGGCGCAGCAUCAAGGCAACGGGCAGCAGGCGAUGAGCUUUGCCAUUCUGAGAAUAAUCCGCCUUGUCAGGGUGUUCCGCAUCUUCAAGCUGUCCAGACACUCCAAGGGGCUGCAGAUCCUGGGUCACACUCUGCGCGCCAGCAUGAGGGAGCUGGCCCUCCUCAUCUUCUUCCUGGUCAUAGGGGUCAUCCUGUUCUCCAGCGCGGUGUACUUCGCCGAGGCGGACGAGCCCACCUCUCAGUUCACGAGCAUCCCCGACGCUUUCUGGUGGGCCGUGGUGACAAUGACAACAGUGGGCUACGGUGACAUGAAGCCCAUCACUGUCGGUGGGAAGAUAGUGGGCUCUCUGUGCGCGAUCGCGGGCGUGUUAACCAUCGCGCUCCCAGUGCCGGUCAUAGUGUCCAACUUCAACUACUUUUACCACAGGGAGACCGACAACGAAGACCAGACGGCGGUGGUGGAGAGCAUGCCCCCGGGCUGCCCAUAUUUCCCGGACUUUUUAAGGAAAUUCAAAGGCUCGCCCUCUGGCUCCUCGCUGGGUGACAAAGCGGAGUAUAUGGAGAUGGAGGAGGGGGUGACAGAGUCGCUUUGCGGGCUGGACAAGAGCCCCAGUAAAGGAAACGGCACAGACAUAGGCAGGAAAAACAGUACUAACUCAAAAUCCAUUCAGACUGACGUGUGAUUACAAGUAGAGUUUCUUUUUCUCCUUUUUUCUUAAAGAAGAAUAAGCCCUAUAAAGACACUGUAUGCCCAAACAGCAGGUGGUCCCCCCCUCCAAAAGACAAGUUUUACGCACACCUCAGAGCCCACACACACAUGCACAAACACACACUCACAGCUCACGAAUUGGCAUAAAAUAUUUCAUUCUUUCCAUCUCAGAAAAAAGUUCCCCUCUCCACAAACUUUAGGAACAAUUAUGACAAAUAUUUGCCUGAUGGGUUGAUUCAUUAAUUUGUCUAACCUGUGCGGGCUUCCAAAUCUGACACAAAAAUUAAAAUUAUAGACAAGACAGGCUAUGCAUUCGCACUUUAUGAGUUUCAUCUGUCAAUAACAGAAAGAAUAGGGAUGAUCGUUUUGCUGUUAUGCAAUAAAGUUAAAAUUUGUUUGCACUAAUGUAGACUCGCUGGGUUUGGCUGGUUUUUAUUUCAGAGACAGAAACUGUAGGCCAUGCAAAUGGCAAUAAUUUAGUCAUCGUCUGACCACUUAGCUGAAGAAUGUUUGAGUAACUUCCUUAAAGAGAGCAAACUAAGGAUAUUAAUAACCUCUUUCAUGCGCUGCCAAUAAAAAUUGGACUCCAGUAAAGGAAAAGCCUGAGACAGAUAAAAGACUUUUGUUACUGUUCCAACACUUAAUAUCAACAAAAAAGCUCAUUGAUACGACAUAGAUAGCAUUUAGCAGUCAUCAAAUAAACCAGGGCUAGAAUUAUUUCCAUCACAUCUACACAAAUAUGCUUUUCCACGAAAAGCCUUGUGUUGUUGACCCACUAUGAGAGCUAAGCACAGGAAACAUCAGAGUUAAAAAAAAAAAAUGGCUGGAGAAAUGACUUGCCCCGCCAGGUUUUUUGUACGGACAGGCUUGGAGCCUUGGCGACAACAGUUUCCCCAGUUUCAUUUAAAACCACCUCAAAAUGACAAUAUCCCUUUACACGGACGCAGAUGGAAAGCUAUAGCAAAAACGACUCUGUUGUGGAAACUCCUCGGAGGGGGAGUUUGCGAGCAACUUCCUCUCCUGUCCGCUGGACUUCGUGCACAAUUUUUUUUCUCUCUCAAGAGGACUAUGAUUAUCUCCGAGCUCAGAGGAUCCCCGGGAUGUGGAUGUCUUCCAAGCGCUGCCAGUUACAGGGAGAGGGAGUAUCCCCCACAUCUCUGGAAAUUGCAGAGAACAAAGCAAAACAUUGCGACUGGUCAUCUCGAGCACGAGCGGAAAACUGAAAAGCAACAAAAACAACUGGAUGGGACUCGGCACUUGAAAAAAAGUGUGGAACGAGAGCUGCUGUGUGACGUCAGUAAACAAAAAACCCUCGAGGGGGUUGAGACUGGAGUUGGCGAAUGAGUAAGUCGUGGCCCAAAAUGAUUGCCUUAAUUACUACACAUAUACAGAAGUGAUGAAACUAAGAGACUUAUAGUUCAAAGUUCAAAGAUGUUUUCUUUACAUGUGAAAAAAGUGUCUUGUAAGGAACAGAUGUGAAUAUUUUAAUAUGAUAGAGAUAAUGUUUGGUUGUAACGUCGACAUAAUGUUUUAGUUGGGUCGGCUUCGUAGGUGUCAUUGGUUACUAAAUGGUGAGUUUGCUCUCUGCUUAUGUGCAGUCAGCAGUACGACUUAAUCUAUUUUUAUCUUGUUUCAUAUUGUCAACCAAACAAGGCUGGCCUGAGUUGCUCACUCAAACGCUGGCGACAAACUCUUAAUUCACAUCGUGUCAUAACACAUGAAAAUCCUCAUUCGGAAAGUGUAUAGAGGGUUUGGAGAGAAAUAAGAGACAUAUAUAUUGACUGGCUCAAUGCGAUACACACUGAAAUACAUCAGAAGAAUAUCCUCUUACAUUAACAUCCACUUACACUAAAGCAAAGAUGUCAGGCACAUAAACACCAUCAUAAAUAUCUGCCACACUCACUUUCUAUCACAGAAAAACAGCGGGUGAAACUCGCCGGGCUUUCACCGUAAAGAUGAAAUACCUUAGGUUUUUUUCUCAGAUGCAAAUUUAGAGCUGACCAGCUGCUUUGUUGAUAUGUUUUCACUUUAACUGUAUGCAAAAGUAACAUGGACGUGUGUUAUAUAUUUUUUUAAACCUAGCCUUGAUAAUUACAUAACCAAAGGUGAAACCCUGAAUUUAUUGUAUGUUGUGGACUUCUGGAAAAUGUUGUGAUAUAGAUGCACACUGAAUAGGAAAAAAAAUGUAAAUAGCAGACAUUUAUACUUGUGUGUCCUAAGAUGUGUUCCAGAUAGAGUAAUUUGAGACUUUUUACUUUCUUUGACUGUUAUGACCAUCAACCAUAAUCAUCUGUGUUUGGUUUGUCCUCGCUGACACAAUCAUGUUCCUCAUAUUGUUGCGAAUGCUGCUCCAACAUUCUUCAUUGUUUUUGGCAGGGUUUUUUUUUCUUCUUCUUUCUUUUUUAUAAAUAUACUGCACAUUAAAAAUCCACCUACUCAGUCAUUUGGCAUACCAAAACAAAAAGGUUGCUGAUGUUGUUUGUGCAGUUUUGUCAGAGGAGCCUUGGAUUUUAUUACCUCUUUCUUUGACCUGCAAUGUUUCCCCUGAAUUAAAUUAUUAGAAAUGGCCUGUUUUAUUUUAGAUUUUUGGAAGUUUGAGUAGAUUAUAUCACACAUAUUUUAAUGAAGAAGAUGUUAUAUUUUCCUAUAUUCCAUUCUAAAACACCCCUUACAUUGUUAACUACAAUGGCCCUUGAAUU